UUGUACUCUACCAUGGCGUGGUGACUCAGCUGCCUCCCCCAACUUCUACGAUGGUACCCAUCAGACGGAUGCCGGCUGUUCCAGGACCCGAAGGGAAAUCCUUUGUCCGAUGUCCAUUAUAACACCGAGUCUACAAUCCGAUGCUGGUAGUGCAUACCGAGCAUAUCCCAGCAAGGCAAUUCUACGGAUCUCUGCUCCUCCAAUUGAUAUCCAGUUCGAUGGGUGUUCUGCUGAUCACGUGCCUGUUGCGAGUUUCAGUUUCAUUGUCCGAAGUUUCCGGGCAGGGAUAGCUUACAGCUGCAGCGAAGAGGGGCCUAUUUUGCCGCCAGCGCUUCCUUUUCUCUCUCAGCUGGCUGCUCGUAUACUCGUACACUACGAGAAGACGUCUCUACUGGAUGGAUUUUGCGGCGAUCUUGCUUGUCAACUUUCGCUCUUUCGUCGUGCUCUGGCUAUCGGAUGCUUCUCCGAAUGCAGCCACACACGAUGCGCCGUCGAUCAUCAUGGUUGCCACAUGCCUCUAACUAGGCUUGGCACGCUGUACUGGACCACAUGUCAAACUUUCCUCUAGAGGGCUGCGCCUUGUACGAAUGCAUAAUAAUGCAUGCAUAAGUCCAGUAUCUUUUAAAAAAAUGCAGCUCCUCCCGAGUACGCUCCUGUAAGAAAGGUGAGCGAGGAGUAGGCUGAAUCGAGCUAGCCGUUUGCCUCUCAUCACUGGAUUACCUCAUACAGCCGUGUGAGCGAGCUGGCUUGACCAGCAAGUCAGAAAUUAAUUAUUUCCCUUUGUCAAUUCCGAUCGAUCUAUCCGCCCUUCCCUUUAUCUCGCAACGUCAAACUCACGAAGAUCAGAUCAC